AUGACAACAAGUCGUGAGCAAUUAGUAGACAUUGCCAAUACUAUCAAAACAAUGACCUUGAAUGAAUUGUUAGGUGAACAGCUGCUUGAACACAAUGAAUCUAACAAUGAAUCAAAUGAAAUAUCAACUAAUGAACUUAUUGAAAAAAAUGUUGGACUUUAUUUCUCAGCUUAUUCGUCUUCUGCUUGUCGCAACUUUACACCAAAAUUAGCUGCAUAUUUUAAAGCAUAUAAUAGUGAAAUAGAGGAUAAAUUAGAAAUUGUUUUUAUUUCGUAUGACGAAGAUCAAGCUGAUUUUGAUGAAUAUUUCAAGACAAUGCCCUGGAAAGCAUUACCUUACUCUGAUCGAGAUCGUUCAAAAAUACUGCGUGACAAGUUUUAUGUUAAAGACAUGCCAGCUUUAAUUAUAUUUACUCCUACACGUGAAGGAACUGUUUUUGACGGUGUUGAUUUUAUACGUGGUGUAUAUCAUGGUAACGCUGUACGUAAUUGGUCUAAAGGAAAAUGUUUAUUUCGAUCGCGUGAAGCACAUGAGGGUGAAUAUAUUUGGGAUGGUAUUAUUUGUCAUCAAUGCUAUAUGAGUCCAAUCAUUGGUUCACGACAUGGUUGCAUAGAUAAAAAUUGUUAUAUAGAUUUAUGUGAAACAUGCCUACUAAAAACUGGACAUAAACAUCCUCUCAUUGAAUAUUUAGUACCUAAACGACCAUAUUCAUUCGAACAAAUUUUUAAAACAGUUCCUCAUUUACUUAAUCCUAAUAGUGAAGAUCAGAUUGAAACAAAAACAAUAUGGGAAAAUGAUGUUAAAUGUGUUGGAUUUUAUUUUUCUGCUCAUUGGUGUGAACCUUGUCGGAUUUUUACACCAAAAUUAAUAGAAGUUUAUAAAGAAGCACAAGCAAAUUCUCUACCUUUUCAUGGAAAAAUUCUAUCACGUCAUGGUGUUGAUGAUGUUAAACGAAAAGGUAUAGAAGCGUUGAAAACAUGGACGCAAGGACAAACAUUAGCUUCCCCUGCAGCAGAUGAGUUCAAAUGGGAUGAUGUAUCAUGUGAUGGAUGUAGCAUGAGCCCUAUAAUUGGUCAAAGAUAUAAUUGUUCCACAUGUGGUAAUUAUGAUCUGUGUUCGACAUGUGAAAAGAAAGGACAUGAACAUUCACUUGAACUUGUACCACAACCAACCGAAGAUGAAGAUGAUUGA